AUGAUGGCAUUUCUGCUCAUCGCCCUCAGCUGUCUCGGUCUCCACACCCUCUGGCAGGCCCAGGCUGUUCCCAUCUUGCCCCUGGGCUUGGCUCCAGACACCUUCGAUGAUGCCUAUGUGGGCUGCUCGGAGGAGAUGGAGGAGAAGGCAGCCGCCCUGCUAAAGGAGGAGAUGGCCCGCCAUGCUCUGCUGCGGGAGUCCUGGAAGGCAGCUCAGGGAGCCUGGGAGCACAGGCAUCAAGGGCUCACCCUGCCCCCUGGCUUCCAGGCCCAGCACGGAGUGGCCAUCCUGGUCUACACCAACUCAUCUAACACCUUGUACUGGGAGCUGAACCAGGCUGUGAGGACAGGUGGUGGCUCCCAGGAGCUCUACAUGAGGCACUUUCCUUUCAAGGCCCUGCAUUUCUACCUGACCCGGGCCCUGCAGCUGCUGCGGGGCAGCGGGGGCUGCAGCAGGAAACCUGGGGAGGUGGUGUUCCGCGGUGUGGGCAGCCUUCGCUUCGAACCCAAGAGGCUGGGGGACUCUGUGCGCUUGGGCCAAUUCGCCUCCAGCUCCCUGGAUGAGGCAGUGGCCCGCAGAUUUGGUAAUGCCACCCUCUUCUCUCUAAGGACUUGCUUUGGGGCCCCUAUCCAGGCCCUGUCUGUCUUUCCUGAAGAGCGUGAGGUGCUGAUUCCCCCCCAUGAAGUAUUCUUGGUCACCAGAUUCUCCCAGGAUGGACCCCGGAGCCUAGUGACUCUCUGGAGCUAUAAUCAGACCUGCAGCCACUUUAACUGUGCCUAUCUCGGUGGGGAGAAGAGCUGGGGCUGUAUGUCGAUACCAACAGGGGAGCAGCCAGAAUCACCCUCCAAGGGGGUCUUUUCUCUGCUUUCCUGGAAGAACCUUCUCUUGGCCCCAGAGGGGUUCCAGCUCUCAGGAGCUGGGCCCUGAAGGUUCAAUACCUGCCAUUCAGGAGUCCUGGGAACUGAUGACUUCAUGUGAAGAAGUGGGGCAUCAAACAGCCUCAAGAAAGAAAAACAUGGUUCCAGCCCCAGCCCCAGCCGCCGUCUCCCUAAGGCCAGGAUGUGGGGGAACCUGAAGCCAUGGUAGAGUGGAAGGAGCCACGCUGCCACGCUGUGUGGUGGGGACUUCCCGGAAAAA